AUGGCGGACGAAUUGACUAUCAAAGUGGUGAGCGGCACGUCCGAGAAUCUGCACGUGCGUGUGGACCUGGCGUCGGCCUCGGUGCUGACGCUUAAGCAGCAGAUCGAGCAGCAGAAUGCGCAGCGUUUUCCCAUAUCUGCACAGCGUCUGAUCUUCCAGGGGCAGAUCCUGCAGGACGACAAGAUGCUCACCGAUUACCACGUGUCGGCGGGCUGUGCGCUGCACUUGACGAUCACGCCCGGCGCUGUAGCGGCAGCCAACCGACAAGCAGCAGGUCUGGCACCUCCCUCACAGCUACGAACGUUCCUGCAGCAGAUGCGCGACAACGAAUCGCACGAUCAAUACGCGACUGCGGCGCGUACUCUGCAGAAGAUCUGUGCCAACAUUGUGGGCCAUCCCAACGAGGAUAAAUACAGGAAGCUGAGGGUGGACAACGCAGCACUGAAAGCCAAGUUAUUCGACCGAACGAGGGGACAGGAUAGUGUCAAACUACUGGGCUUCCAGGACGGCGUCCAGGCGGGACAUUUGGUGUUGACGCCAACACCUGAGAAAUGGGAGAUCUUAGUGGCGUGCAAGGCUGUGGUGGACUCCGUGGUGACGUCGUUGGGCGGUGCUGCACCCGCUGCAGCUUCGUCGUUUGGGGCUCCAUCGAUGGGCGGACUGGGCGGGGACUUUGCAUCGCAAGCUCAGACUUUGUUGCAGAAUCCGGCAAUGUUGCAGUCUAUGGCGACUAACCCAAUGGUGCAACAAAUGGCCCAGCAAAACCCCAUGCUGGCACAGGCACUGCAAAACCCGGCGUUGCUGGCGCAGUCCAUGCAGGCGCUGCAGCAGAACCCGGCGAUGAUGCAACAGAUGAACCAAAUGAUGAGCGACCCGAACGCCAUGGCGCAUAUGCAGCAAAUGAUGGCAGGGGGCAUGGGAGGCAUGGGCGGUCUCGGUGGGUUCGGAGGUUCUCCGUUCGCCUCAGCAGCACCGUCGCCAGCAGCGGUAAACCCGUUCGCUGCCGGCUCUGGCGUGGCUAACCCUUUCGCUAGCGCUCCCACACCUGCCGCACCCGCUCCGACUCCAUUUCCUGGCACUGCGUCUGCCUCUGCUGCUGCGUCGUCCGCUCCUACAUCCAGUUCCGCCGCAGCCACUUCGACCGACAACGGCGACGAAGAGGACGAGAUCGCCCAGGCCAUCGCACGGUCGCUGCAGGAUCAGUAG